AUGCCUGCAGAUGCCACAGGCCAGUCGGCCGAAGUGAGUGCCCAUUUCGGGUCCGAUCUCUGCAGCGGGCCUCUUUUUCGGCAGAUAUCUAGGAAGACAGAAUCGGGUGCUGGCUAUAAUCGACGCUUGGGCGUUCUCGAUCGGGUGAAAGAGAUCUGCAAGUCGCAAGAAGAAAGCAAAGACGACCGACGCAGACAACGCCGCGCCCACGCCCGGACGUUUGGUCGCCAUCACCCGCCAACGACUUGUUCACAAACACCAUCAUCUUCUAUCAUCAAAAGACAGAUACAUUCAUCCAAAAUGGCUUCUCAGGAUCUCCAGUGGCUUCUUGUCCGCAACAACUCCAGCUUCCUCGUUAAGCAGAAGGGUCUCGGCCGCAUCUUCUCCCGCGAGCCCCGCAACCUCGUCCAGCUCCACAGCUACAAGUACUCUGGUGUCGUCAACGCCAAGGCUGUCGGCCUCGAGGCCCCCAAGUCUGGCAAGGGUGUCGUUCUCACCACCAAGAACGGCAAGCAGACCUCCUCUGCCAUCAAGAAGACCCUCAACACCACCACCCUCAAGAAGGGCGGUGGACGUCGCACUGCCGGUGCCGUCUCCAACGUCGUCGCCAAGAAGGGCUACCGUGCUGACUUGACCCGAGCAGCCUGUGGCUACACCGUGUUUGCUCUCAACCCAUCACACUAUCUACAGCGUAGCCGUCUGAAUCUCACGUAUCGGGGGUUAUGUCGAGACUCGGCGCUGAUCGCAUAUCGACGUAUGCGACCCCGAUGUCGAUCUCGAUGCUCAUUCGGCAGCGAGACACAUGCUUGUCAAAGGCUGGAUGAUGACAAUGAAUGCCAACGCAACAGCACGUGCCUGCCAAACCGUCUCAUCGUUCGUCGAUCGACUGCACGUGCAGGUGGAUUUGCUUGUCGCAUCCCUCGAUACCAGAGUGAAGGAUCGACAAAUGUACGUGCCCUGCCCGAUCUUGUUGGUUCUCCGCUGGAUGGCAUUGACUGCACGCGGUGUUACACGAUGCACCCCGCAGAAACGGUGCGUGCAGUGCUGCUGCGGUCGGAGGAUCGUGUUGAGCCAUCAGUCUGCGGUACGGCGUUCGAAUUCUUCGACGAAAGUAAUCGCUCCACUGUACAUUCACAACUCAUUCGGCGGAUGAGACGUCAGCGGUAG